GGUAGGCAGCAGCAAUGAAUAAUCGGUACGUCGGGAGCUGAAUGCAGAUGCAAGCGAAUUCAAGUGUUUGCGCAAGCACUGGAAGCGCAUGAGAGCGGAGAGCGGAACUCACCGCAAUUAGUACUCCACCGCCUCGAGAUAGAGAGCUGUUUGCGGCAUUUCUAUCGCAACGAUAGACACAGUGCGCAUCGCCAAAUAGGAGAGCUGUGGGAAGGCUGGGAUCGAGCCAAGUCUCAGUGAGUACCACAACAUCAUAGACCGCUUCUAACACAGUUAAACGGAACUCAUCAGCUUUGGAUCGUAAACCUCGCACAUUCUGAUAGUAUACAGUUAUAGACGUGGAACGGACAUUGAGUGGUAUGCGUGUGUAAGUUGGUGCAAGGUCAUCGGUGAGAGAUCGUGUCGUUGACGUGUUGUUGUUUCGUGUAAACAAAUGACUAGUCAGAUUCAGUGGCACAGUGCCUUUUGAGGAAACAGUUGUGUGAUUAUUACUUAAGAAAAAAGUGUUGAAUAGUAGUUUGGUGCACCGUAGUUCUCGCGCAGGUCAUGAGCUAAACUCGACUCAGCCGACAAAUUUGAUAACGUAUUUCAAUGUGGCCAUAGGCUAAACCCGACUCACAAACAAACGAAUAAAAUGAACCGCACCAUCACACCACUCUCAAUACACUUCUGAUUAUAUCAUGGCAGGAUCGCCAAUGUGAUAUCUUCUAAUCCAACUACAAGCUUUCUCCUCCGGUACAGGGACGCACAUCCAGCUUUAUUCGUUGUCCAACACUGACUGACUCCCUCACACUCUCUUAGCUGUACCCUAGGAUACCACAAAAAUGUCAACCCAUGUCGAUGUGUUUAUUUACACUGUUUGAAAAGAGCACUGUGUUUGGUUUGAGUUUGUUGUGUUGCUACUUCUAAUUUCAUUGAGAAAAAUUACAGCGUUAUGAACCGUGAACAAAAAGUGGCCACCUUGCGGCUUACAAAUGCGUGGUCCACUUUUUUUAGGUUACAUAUGGUGUCUCUUCGACAACCUCCACAAACCAGAGAAUGGGCGCGCCCCAUUCUUCUGGAAAGAAACUAUCAAGCUAGUCGGUUGGUUAACACCAUUAUGGAGGAAGAAUUGGAUACCACCAUUAUAAAUUUUUUGAGGUUAUCCAGAAAUGAUUUUAACUAUCUGCUUGAGCAAAUUACACCAAAAAUUAAAAAAAAUGGAUACCAAUAUGCGCCCGAGUUUGUCACCAAGGGACAUGCUAAUUGUGACAUUACGAUAUUUGGCUACGGGAGACCAAUACAAGUCGCUUGAAUACGCUUUUCGGAUUUUUGCCCAAGCGAUUUCUAAAUUCGUACCUCAAGUAUGUGAUUGCCUUGUUGAAGUUUUAAGAAACUAUGUGAAGUUACCCACCAAUUCGGACGAAUGGAUGAAAAUUGUGCAGGGCUUUGAAGAAAAGUGGAAUUUUCCCCAUACACUCGGGGCGAUUGACGGCAAACAUGUUAUGAUAAAAGCUCCACCGCAUAGCGGAACUGACUAUUUUAACUAUAGAAGGUUUUUUAGUGUUGUAUUUUUAGGUGUGGUAGAUUCUAACAGUAAUUUUAUAUAUGCAGAUGUUGGCUCUAAAGGUAGAAUAUCAGACAGAGGAGUCUUUAGAAAUUCUGUACUCUACAAAAAACUAGAAAGAAACGAGUGUGGUAUUCCAAGCCCUGCACCGUUAUACCAAGCAUCCCGCAUCCUUGUACCGUAUAUGUUUUUAGGAGAUAAGGCUUUUCCGUUGACGCAUUACUGCCUUAGACCGUUCAGUGGUUUAACGGAAAGAGGAUCAGUCCAGCGCAUUUUUAAUAUGCGGCACUCGAUUGCCAGGCGUCCUGUUGAAAUGGCCUACGGAAUCCAUAGUGGCAGGUUUCGGGUGUUGAGAAAGCCUAUCGAGCUUAGUGAGGAAAACGCCAAAAAGGUGAUAAUGGCCACUAUAUAUUUGCAUAAUUUUAAACGACGGGAUGAAAAUACUAGGAAUCAAGAUGCCAACCAAUUUAUAUAUAGACAAGACGACAAUCCAAAUAUGCUUAGAUUUAAUGCAAAUAGAUCACGGCCCAAUUUCAAUAUGAUGGAAAUUCGGAUGCAUAUGGCAAAUUAUUUUGUAAAUAAUUGAAAAUAGGAAAACUAA